CGGUCAUGGUGGGGCAGGUGGCGCUAACCUUUAUUGGUUAAAGUUUAGAGCAGCACCACCAGUGGUAAGGCAAGGAUGAGUCGCAAAUGUGUAUGACUGCACACGAAAUUCUUCCAAAUACUGUAUCCCACCCUUUGCUUUUGGUCGGCAUCUUCCUCCACCGGCAAUUCCGCAAACCACGCAACGCAGCCACCGCGUCGCCCUCAUAAAGAAAACUUCGCCGAGUACUUGAUCGAGCGACCAAACCGGCGCGGCGAAACAACCACAGGAAGACCCCAAAACUAACUACCCCGCCGCCGAACGAAGCCAUCACCAUGUCGGCCAACGACAAAUUCGGUAACGAUAUCCCCGAGUCGGAUUCAGACUCCGGCGAGUCCCAGGUCGAUAUCCAUGAUUCCGACAACGACCUCCUCGACAAGCCCAAGUCGGCCCUGAAGAAGAGCGCCCCUGCCCCAGUUGUCCAGAGACCACCUCUGCCCCCUCAAACAGACCCCAAGGACCUCGACAUCAAGAGCCUUACCCCCCUCACAGCCGAGAUUAUUGCGCGGCAAGCGACCAUCAACAUCGGUACCAUCGGCCACGUCGCUCACGGAAAGUCCACAGUCGUCAAGGCCAUCUCUGGCGUCCAGACCGUUCGUUUCAAGAACGAACUGAUCCGCAACAUUACCAUCAAGCUGGGUUACGCCAACGCCAAGAUCUACAAGUGCGAUAGCCCAGAAUGCCCAAGGCCGACAUGCUACAGGAGCUACAAGAGCGAGAAGGAGGUUGACCCUCCUUGCGAGCGUGAGGGCUGCACAGGAACUUACAGACUGUUGCGCCAUGUCUCCUUUGUUGAUUGCCCCGGUCACGAUAUUCUCAUGAGUACCAUGUUGUCAGGUGCCGCCGUCAUGGACGCCGCCCUUCUUCUCAUUGCCGGUAACGAAUCUUGCCCUCAACCUCAAACUUCUGAGCAUUUGGCCGCCAUCGAGAUUAUGAAGUUGGACAAGAUCAUCAUUCUCCAGAACAAGGUCGAUCUUAUGAGAGAAGAGGCUGCCAAGCAGCAUCACGAGUCUAUUCUCAAGUUCAUCAGAGGCACAGUCGCUGGCAAGUCGCCGAUUAUCCCCAUUUCGGCCCAGCUCAAGUUUAACAUCGACGCCAUCAACGACGCUAUCGUCAAUACCAUCCCCAUCCCUCCGAGAGAUUUCUCCAUGGACCCCCACAUGAUCGUCAUUCGGUCGUUCGACGUCAACAAGCCCGGUGCCGAGAUUGAGGAGCUUAAGGGUGGUGUUGCUGGUGGUUCCGUUCUUCACGGUCUGCUCAAGCUCGGUGACGAGAUUGAGAUCCGCCCCGGUAUCGUUACUCGCGACGAGAGGGGUGAUCUCAAGUGCACGCCCAUUUUCAGCCGUAUUGUGUCUCUCAACUCUGAGGCCAACGAGCUGAAGUACGCCGUUCCCGGCGGUCUUAUUGGUGUCGGUACCCGCAUCGACCCUACCCUCUGCAGAGCCGAUCGUCUUGUCGGUUUCGUCCUCGGUCUCAAGGGCCGCCUCCCCGACAUCUACAGUGAGAUCGAGGUCAACUUCUACCUCCUCCGUCGCCUCCUCGGUGUCAAGACGGCCGACGGCAAGCAGGCCAAGGUCGACAAGCUUGCGAAGAACGAGGUUAUCAUGGUCAACAUUGGUUCCACCUCCACCGGUGCCAAGGUUGUUGCCAUCAAGAAGGAUGCUGCCAAGCUCCAGCUUACAUCUCCUGCUUGCACAAAGAUUGGCGAGAAGGUUGCGCUUAGCAGACGUAUCGAGAAGCAUUGGCGUCUCAUUGGUUGGGCUACCAUCGCUGCUGGCGUAACGGUCGAGCCUGUCACCGCUUAAACACCCUACUAUAUUUUGAUGAUAAUGACGGUAGAAUGAGAGGGGUUCUCAUCUGCUCUUUGCUGCAUGGUUCACAAAAAGUUAGGCAGGGAGGCGGGGGGGUGGUGGUGUUUAUAUGCCAAGACUGGGGUAGAGUAGCGAAAAUAAAGGGAUUGCCUGUUUUUUUCUGAAUUGCCCACUCGGAAUUUAUAUACGUAGCGAUACAUAAUAACUGCUCAUGUGUAUUUUCACAGUUGAAAGACAUUCAUGCAGCUCCGAAAAGGGCGUCCUCAAAGUCAUGCCAUC